GUUUAUUCCAAUUAAAAUUAUAAGUAUGAAUCGAGAGAAAUUGCUAAUUGUUUUCGCGGCUCUAUUUGCUAUUGGAUUUAACUAUACAGAAGCAUUAGCUCGACAUGUCUGCCAACAAAACGUAAAAGUUCCUUACAUUCGAAAAGUUAACAAAACCGAGCAAAUCCCUGGAGGGGUCACUUCAGUUGUGGAAGAGGAAGCAUAUAAAUUUGAAAUACAAUCGGUAUGUUGCCCAGGCUACGUGGGGUCUCCUGAAAACUGUCAGCGAGCAUCAACCACAUCUAAGGACAUUACAUCCACGUCUAGCGUUUCACCCUCAACCGUUAAUUAUGUGGCUUCUGAUGGCGACUCUGAAUCAUCCAAGAAGCUAACCGAAACACCCAGCGAUAAUACCGAAACAUCAGAGAUUUCAGUGGCUGCCCAAGGCGAUAACACAAAUGCAGUUACAGAUGAAACUACCGCCUUUCCUAAUACAACUGCACAGAUCGAGACAAUAGCUACCAAGGAAGACUGGUCAUCAUUUGCUUUUUGGUUUUUCUGCAUUGUGGUUCUUGUGGCAUUCGUGGCUGUGCUUGUAAAGGUUUUGGUACACCGCAACGAUCGGCGGGCCUAUGUUGUCAAUAAAAAGUGUACAGCAUUUGAGUCAAAUUGCUAAAAAUCUAGUAUUAGUAUUCCAAUUUUGAAAUUGUUAAUGGUUGGAAAUACACAUAAAAACUUGUAAGUGUUCUUUUUUUCAACUUAUAUUGUUUCAAAACGGAAUAUAAAUUAGUAUCUAUGCCUGUUUAUUCAACAUGUAAUUUCACAUAUUACAAUUAUUAUACAUAAUAAAAUAUAUCGAUAUUAAAACUUGAAUAUGAAUACUUAAAGACGACAUUGCACUAUUUCUUGCAGAAUGUUCUUCUUAAUAUUAAUGAGAUGAUAAAUUGAAAUAGUUAAUUAACUCUCAAUAAUACGUUAUAAUCAAGAAGAAAUGCUACAAUUGAGUGGUUUCGACUGUGAGAUAAUUAUUUAAAAAAAUGUACUUAAACAAGGCGGAAUGUAGAAGAAAGCGUUAAUAAAUACAAACAAAUGUGGAUAGAAAAUUAUUAGCUACACUCAUUUUUGCUGUCACCACAAAUGUAUUUCAAAAGUUAAACAUAAACACAAAUUUUGUAGGCUAGUAACUUGUGUUUUUAUUAUAAGAUUUCACUUUGGAAAAUGUAAAAACAAAAAGUAUUGAUUUGUGUAUAAAUAUUGUUAUAUUGAAUGGAAUGUUAAGGAGCAGCAAAAGUUGUUUAAUAUACAAAUUUAAAAAGUGGUUUCAAUUUGAUAUGUUUAUAUUUCAUUUGUCUCUCUUUCUCUUUCGAAUAACUUUAAAUAAAUUCCUUUAAAAUGUUCUUUUGAUUUUAUAACGCGUUCUCAAAAAUGUAAGCUUAUUUAGUUUAAUGCAGCUUUACUUACAAAGUCCCCCAGAUUUUCUAUUUUGUUUCCGUAUUACAACGUCAUUGUCAUUAGCUUAUCGAGAGCUUCGGUCUCUUUUUCCCUCUUACACUCGAUUUUUAAGGUAUAUUCUCAAAGAAAAUCUAUCAUAUUUUCCAAAUUCUGGUAAUUGUAUUCUCGACUUUAUUAAAAUAAGUUUUGGUAAAACCCGAUUUCGAGACAGAAAUUACAACACUUUCGACAUUCUUUAACAAAUUUCUAUAAGUUGGA